AUGAGGCCAGGUCAACGCGACAGCAAUGAUUUGACUUCCCUCGAAAUGCGAGUGGUCGAAAAGAACCCUGAUGACGGGCUAAAACUCUUCGAAAUGCCAGAGGACCCAAGCGGAAGAGGAUUCACUCUGGUGAAUCGUAACCCCGACUCAACAGGAAUGGCUGAGACAGUAUUCGCAUCGCGGAAUCUCAAUGGACGACACGCAUGGUGCUACAAGGCCCGCCUUCGCGCACGCGUCAAGAAAGAGCUCAACGAAUUGUUGCGAAUUGGCAGGACAACAAGCUGGGCAUCGUUCAGUAAUCCCGGAGCGGUUAUGAACACCACUAUGCCUAGUGAACGCUGGCAUCUAUGCUUGAAGUACGAAAUUCUCCUUAGAAAUGCCAAUACACGAGUGGAUUUCCUUGUUGAGUUGCUAAUAAGGGCAGUAGAAGACUUGGCGGAAUCCAAUGACAUCAUGGACAGACGAAGACUUGCUACAGCAUCGUUUCGAACGCAGCAGACGACGGCACGCCAUCGCUCUGCCCUAACUCAUUAUGAAGGGAAGAUGGAGAAAAUCAGAAGGAUAACAAUGCAAAAAUGGGAAGUGCAAGGAAAGACACCACAAGUCACUUACAUUGUCGAGAAUCGUGGCUCGUAUAAUCUAAAUGUUCCUGCGGUUGUCCACGAGCAGGAUGAGGAAGAACCAGCAUCAUCAGCUGCGAAGGAAAACGUUAUGCCUGUUUCUAGUGACCCAUUCGUAUCGUCCCAGGAACGACUGGACGAAAGAAAGUCGCUAAGGAACAGAAUACAACUACCGUAUUCUGUGGUCUCCAGUAACGUCAAUGUCCUUGUGAAGGAAGGUACGGACGAAGCUAAGGAAAAAGUGAAGGAAAUCGCUGAUCUCAUCGAAAGAGCAUCUCAAAUUUGUGUAGGCAGCUCCUCGCAGAUUGCGAUCCGACCAAGGCACACAGGAGAGGGACCGAAGCCAAAGCAGGAGAAAAAGCUGUACACGCGAGCGGAAUAUAGAAGGCUACGCGAUGCCGAUAAGGAUAAUGAUGAUCAAAACUGA